AUGAGACUCUCAGGGCUUCAGCGAGAGGUGUUAGCCCUCUACCGGAAAUGUUUGAGAGAAAGCAGGAAAAAGCCGGCAAAUACCAGGCCUCACUUCGAGUCCUUCGCAAGCAGGUCUGAGUUCCAAAAGAAUAUUACCCUCGACAAGAGAGAUUUCUCAGCAAUUGAAUACCUCUUGCGAAAGGGCCAAAGACAGCUCGAGAUAUAUUCCGCUCCCGGUAUCAAAGACAUCAGAUGA